AUGCCAGUUACGCGUUUUAGGCGAGCCACAUUUCUGUAUCUCAUACAUACGGAAAACGUCAUUCUGUGGUCAAGCGAAAAUGCGAUCGAAAUUGAGCACGGUUUGUUUAAAUGGUCAAACGAUGAUCAUAAUACAUUAACAUUGAACAAGUACGACAUGGUAAAAGUACAAGGAAAUAUUAAGAUUUCUGGUCAAACUGCACUAGUACCGCAGCAAGCAUGGAUAUUGAAUGGAACAUUUCAAAAUAAUAUUUUGUUUGGAAAAGACAUGAAUCAACAACAAUAUGAUCGAAUUAUAGAAGCCUGUGCAUUAGGACCUGAUCUAGAGAUGUUGCCACAUGGUGACCAAACCGAAAUUGGCGAAAGAGGUGUUAAUUUGUCUGGCGGACAGAAACAGCGUAUAUCAUUAGCUCGCUCAAUUUACGCUGAUGCUGACAUAUACUUACUUGAUGAUCCCUUAAGUGCAGUUGAUCAAAAUGUCGCUAAACAUCUCGUUCAAUAUGUUCUUGGACCAACUGGAUUAUUAGCUGAAAAGAUAUCAUUGAAUACUCAAAGCCAUGUUGAUGGAAAAAAGUCGCCAGUUGAGUUUGAUGAUAAUAAGAAAAAGAAUUUAAUUGAAGAUGAGCAAAUUGAAAUAGGCAAGAUAAAACUUUCCAUAUUUCAAACGUAUAUUAAAGUGUUUGGAAUAAUAAUGGCUUUGCUGACAUUAGUAUUUUUUUGUUUAACAACAACCUCAAAUUUGGCCGCAAACAUAUGGUUGAAAAAUUGGACUACCGAUGUAACUAACGAAAACAACAAUUUAUCAAAAAAUGAGAAAAAUUUGUCUAUUUAUACAAUUUUUGUAGUACUACAAGGUUUGUUUGCAUUUUGUAUGCAAUUAGCAUUGCAAUGGGGUGCUUAUCGAGCUGCGUGUAACUUACAUCAAUCAAUAUUAGAUAGUGUAUUACAUGCUCCAAUGAUAUUUUUUGAAUCAACACCAAUUGGACGCUUACUAGCACGAUUUUCCAAGGAUGUUAAUUCUGUUGACACAGCAUUAUCAAAAGGAUUAUGUAUUCUAUUGAUUAAUUUAGUUACUAUUUUAGCAACAUUAAUCAUCAUUCAUAUUUAUUCAUUAACCUCAGUACAAUUACGUCGUCUAGAAUCAAUAUCUCGUUCAUUUAUUUGUUCUCAUUUUGUUGAGACAAUUCAUGGUUUAACAAGUAUAAGAGCAUACAAUGUUCAACAACGUUUUAUUAAUAAGUGUGAUUGUUUAAUAGAUAGAUAUAAUUCUUAUUACUUAGCUGGAUGGGUUACAAACAGGUCUGUAUAUGUUUUAAGAAAUACUCAUCCCUUCUUUUUUCAACUUAUAACAGAAUCUGGACGAAAAGUCAGAUCGUCUUGAAAUUAUCACCUCUGCUAGAGAAUGAUGUUCUUUUGCAUAGAUUUUUUGCAGAAUUUCUUCCAACAGUUUCUGAGGAAAAAGAAAUGUAAGUUUUGCAGUUACACCCUUAGGGUUUUUCAUAAUUUUCUGAAAAAUUGAAAAUAUAAAUUUUCACAAAAAUUAAUCAAAAUUUCGAUGUUUUUGUUCUAUAUAUCAUUUGAUGGAGCUCGGCGAGCUGAUCAAGAAUAUCUAUGUUUUAACUUUCCCACGCCAAAUUUUAGGUUAACAAAAAUUCAAAAAAAUGUAGGAACACAAAAUUUCAAAAACUCGCUACAUUACGCAAUAUAUAC